AUGCGCCGUGCAGACCAAGUGUCAGCCUCCAGCCGGGGGCUUGGGAAACAUUUCAUCAGUCCCCGCAAGUCUCGAGACAAAAGAAAAACUCAAACAUUCGUCAAUAUCCCUGGUGCGGAUAUCAAACGUUGCGAGCUUGCCCUAUGUAUGGAAGCACUCGUCAAUGCAAGCUCAACAGAGCCAACUGCUGCCCCUGCACUCAAUUUGACCAGUUCUAAUGUUGACAUGACUAUAGACAGAUCGAACGAUGGCGAUGAAUGGGUGUAUGAAUCGGAUCAUGAUAAACCUGAACUUCAACAUCAGCCCUUUCUGAAUCAGUCCGACAAGAUGCAACCAAUUGAGUCCCAAUGUCGUAUCCUCUCUGACAAGACAUCACAAAAGCUCUAUGGAAAUUGGACGGGAGUUAUCCCCACCUUAAUCGAACCUUUCUUGACUUAUCUCGCAAGAACGUUCGGACAGCCACUCGAGAAGUCUCAUUCCAUCAUAUCCGCAUGCAUUACUAGUUCAUGUGCUCAAAAGCGCACAACAGUUGUUUGCCUCUUCUUUGACCGAUUUGUCUCGACCGAUGUCCUGAGCUGCAAUUGCUUCACCCUCUCACAAGUUCUUAUAUGCCAUGGUUCAUCGGCCUAG